AUGUGUCACUGUUUGAGAAAAAAGCCAGAAAAAGCCAGGUCUGGUCUUCAUAAUUUUUUUCGGAUUGGGUAUCGCGUCGAGAAAGAGUUUUUUCGUGUUGGGUUGGGUUUCGGAUUGUGUCAGUUAAAAGGUGUCAGUUGUCAGUUUCUAGUAACCCGUGACUUCCCGAAUUUGUAUAUAUUGGCGUUCGAAUUAAAUGUCAGUCCAGAUUCAAUUUGGCUAACCAAUUUCAAUUAAUUUCCCAAAGAUACAUUAUUUAUAAUUUUCAAAGUUAGAGUCGUGGCAGUAUUUUCUUUUGUGUUUUCUUUAAAGCCUUCAUAUAAAUUUAUUGAUAGUUGUGGCAAUUGUGGCAAAUUAUUUAAAAAAAGCAAA